AUGAGCAGUCAACUAGAAAAGGAAUAGUAAUAUCGUGAAGCAUUUGAGCAUUAUUCUAAAAGCUAUGUACAUAUAUUAAUUGGAAUGUUUUAAGGAGUUGAAAAUUACUUAUAGAAUAGAGGAAGCAUUAAAAGAAAUAAAUGAUGCAUUAAAUCUUAAUCCAAAAUUUGCAGAAGCCUACACUUUAAGAAGUAUAUUAGUUUAAUAACUAUUUAGGUGAAUUAUUUGAAAAAUUGAAUUUAUAUGAUAAGGCUUUGGAAGAUGUAAAUUGUAGUCUAAAAAUAAAAGACAAUCUGGAGGAAAGUUAUUUUUAAAGAGGUAUUCUUCAUUUUUAAGACCCAAGCAACUAUUUUUUGGAGAAAAUAAUCCUUUGAUCAAGCAAUAUAAGAUUGUUUAAAAUGUAUUUAGAUCAAUAAAAACUUUGCAAUGGCAUUUUGUAGAAUGGGUAGUGUCUAAAUAUUAAUCUAAAGGCACAAUUAUGCAUGAGUUGUAACAAAAAGUUAAAGAACUUUAAUAUUAUAAUAAAGCAAUAGAAAUAGACAGCAAUUGUUCCUAUGCAUAUAUAUGUAGAGGUACUAUAAGGUUAGUUAUAUAGGUGUAUUUUGCUAUGAGGGUGAUUAAAAGGGUAAGUAUGCUCUUCAAGAUUUAAACUAAGCAAUUAAAAUUAAUCCCAAUAAUAGUAUAGCCUAUUUCAAUAGAGGUGAAUAUAAUUAAUAUUAACAUAAUAGGUAUUUUAUAUAAUCAACUUGGUGAUAAAUAAAAUGCACUAUCUGAUUAUGAUCAAUCGAUUCGACUUUAUCCGAAAUAAUCAAAAGUCUUCUACAAUAGAGGUGAUAUUCUAACACUUAAAUUAUUAGGCAAGUUAUAUAAAGAUCUUGGUGACAAUGAUAAGGCAUUAUCAGAUUAUAAUCAAGCGAUUCUAAUUGAUCCAAAUUAUAUGCAAGCAUAUUUGAAUAGAGGUAAAAAAAAACUAUAUUUAACAUAUUAGGAAAUCUAUUUUAAGAUAUUGGUGAGAACGACAAAGCAUUAGUUGAUUAUAACCAAGCAAUUCAACUUGAUCCAAAUGAUGCUACUAUUUACAACAAUAGAGGUAAAUAUUUAUUAAUCUCACCUGAUUAGGUGUUUUAUAUCAUCUCAUUGGUGAGAAAGACAAUGCUUUAAUUGAUUACAAUCAAGCAAUCUAGCUCGAUCCAAAAUAUGCAGCUGCUUACAAUAAUCGAGGUGUAUUUCCUCACAAUUAACAUAUUAGGCAAGUUAUAAAAAGAUCUUGGUGAGCAUGAUGAGGCAUUAGUUAAUUAUGAUCAAGCAAUUCUACUUGAUCCAAAAUAUGUAAAUGCUUAUUUGAAUAGAGGUGAAUAUUAUAGAAUAAUAUUUUAGGAAAUUUAUUUAGAGACAUUAAGAAUAUAGAAAAAGCAAUCUCUGAUUUUAGUGAAGCCAUUUAACUUGAUCCAAAUAAUGUUAAUGCUUAUAUAUUAAGAGGUGAAUUUUCUUAUACUAACAUAUUAGGAAAACUAUAUAAAGAUAUUGGUGAGAACCAAAAAGCAUUAUAUGAUUAUAAUUUAGCCAUACAAUUUGAUGCAAAUGAUGCAACAAACUAUAAUUAUAGAGGUGAAUAUUAUUAUAUUUAACUUGUUAGGAGCUUUGUAUCAUCUUAUUGGAUAAUUAGAUGAAGCUUUAAUUGAUUUUAAUGAAGCAAUCCAUAUUGAUCCACAAAAUGCAAUCACAUAUAUAAAUAGAGGUGAAUAUUCUUACACUUAGCAUUUUAGGUAAAUUAUAUAAAGAUUUGGGGGAAAUCAAAAAUGCAUUGCUUGAUUAUGAUUAGGCUAUCCAAAUAGAUCCAAAUAGUGCAAAUGUCUACAAAUUUAGAGGUGAAUAUUCUUAAUUUUAGCAUAUCAGCUAAAUUAUUUCGAGAUAUAGGUGAAAAAGACAAAGCAUUGAUUGAUUAUAAUUAAGCAAUCGAACUUGACCCGAAUGAUGCAACUGCCUACAACAAUAGAGGUAAAUAUAAUGAACUCAAAAUUUUAGGCAAUAUAUAUUAAAGUUUGGAAGAAAAAGACUAAGCAUUAUCAGAUUAUAAUGAAGCAUUAUAUCUUAAUCCAGAUUACCCAAUUGCUUACUUGAAUAGAGGUAAUUAUAAUUGGAAUUGACAAAUUAGGUGUUUUAUAUCACCUUCUUGAUGAGAAAGACAAUGCUCUAUCUGAUUAUAGUCAAGCAUUAUAGCUUGAUCCAGAAUAGGUAGAUGCCUAUUUCAAUAGAGGUGAAUAUUAUUCCAUUUAAUGUAUUAGGCCAUUUAUAUAAUUUUAUUGGUGAAAAGGAAUAAGCAAUAAUGGAUUUUACUGAAGCAAUCUAACUUGAUCCAAAAUUUGCUAAAGCCUACUAUAAUAGAGGUAAGUGCUAAUAAAUUUAAAUUUUUAGGCAAUUGUUAUAAAGAUAUUAACGAAAAACAAUUAGCAUUAAGCGAUUAUGAUCAGGCAAUCAAACUGAAUCCAAAUUAUAUAAAUGCCUAUUUACAUAGAGGUGAAUAAUAUCAAUUUUAAUAUACUAGGCGAAUUAUUCGAAAGUAUUGAAGAGAAAGAAGAUGCUUUCAAUGAUUAUAAUCAAGCUAUCCAACUUGAUUAAUUAAAUGCAAAUGCCUACGUUUUUAGAGGUAAUACUGUUACUCCUAACAUAUAUAUUAGGCAAUUAUUAUAAAAAUACUGGUUAGUACAAAAUAGCAUUAACUGAUUAUGAUCAAGCAGUUAACCUUAAUCCAAAAUCGAUAAAAGGUUACCUAAAUAGAGGUGAAUAUAUUACUUUUAAUAUACUAGCCAACUUAUAUGAAAUUAUUGACUAGAAAGACAAAGCUUUAAUUGAUUAUGAUAAGGCAAUCCAACUUAAUCCAAAUAAUUUAAAUGCUUUCUUGAAUAGAGGUAAUACAGUACAUUUACCUUUUAGGCAAUUUAUUUAAUAAUAUGGGUCGGAAAGAAUAUGCAUUAUCUGAUUACUUACAAAGUCUUACUUUAUCACCUAACAAUCCCUUAGUAUUAAUCACUCUAGGUGAUUACUAUUAUGAAAAUUUUGACUUAUUUCAUGUUCGAUAAGGUUUGAAAUGUUAUGAAAAAGCCAUUACCAUCUUAUAGAACCUAGAUGAAUAAGAAAUUACUAAGUUACAAUUAACUAAAGAAAAUAUAGAUCAUUUAAUAACUAAGUUUGAUUUACUCGAGAUUUUGAAUUUAAAAACAUAGGAUUUCACGAGUAUUGUGGAGAGUUUGCCUACUGAAACGGUUGAUUAAUUUUAGAUGUCUCUUAAUUAUAGCAAAUAAUUAAUAACAAUAUCACAAAAACUAAAGCAAAUUUUAUCAAUCCCUAAUACCCAGUUAAUAAAGUAAAAUCAAUAAUUAGUUUAAAUUGAAUAAUUGGGUUAACUGAAUGAAAAAUUUGAUCAAUUAUUUUAUCAGCUUGAAACACAAAAUAAAUAAAAAGUUCAAUUAUAACAAAAUAAGGAAGACUCAUAACAAGAUAAUGAAAUAUCAUUACAAGAAAAUGAGGAAUUAGAAUCGGGCUAUGUAGAAUAAUAUCAAGUAAGCGAAAAUGAUGCAUAAAUACAAUAGAUAGAAGGAGGACAAGAAAAUGAUGAAUAAUACCAUGCAAAUUAUCAACCAUAAUAAGAAAAUGAUGAAUAGCAAUAAGAACAUUUAGAAUUAUAACAAGAAAUUGAUGAAUAAUAAUAAGAGCAUUUAGAAUUACAACAAGAAAAUGAAGAAUUAUAACAAGAAAUUGAUGAAUAAUAAUAAGAACAUUUAGAAAUAUAACAAGAAAAGGUUGAAUUGAAUCAAGUACCAUAUGAAGAAAACCCCAAAUUAAAUUAAAAAGAAGAAGAUGUGAAUAAUAUGAUUUAGUAGGAUCGAAAUAGUAUAAACUAAUUAUUAGAGGAUCUGAAUAAAAAAGAAAAUUUACAUUAAUAUACUUAUUAUAAAUCAUUAGUUUGGAGGCUUUAUUAUUACCUACAAGUUAUGCAAUAAAUCUCUACUUAACUAAACGAAAAUUAACUUAUUGAAACUAACUCAGAAUAGAUUUAAAAUAUACUACAAAAAAUUUCUAACUUUGAAUCAGUUGAACAUCUUCCAAUACCCAUUCUUAUGGAUACCUUUGGAAUUUUAAAUUCCGCCCUUGAUUAGGCAAUUGAUUAAAAAAAUGAGAAUAAAUUUAAUAGCAGAGCGAAGAUUCUUAGCGAAAUAAUAGCAAACAAAAUAAUAGAUCCAGGUCAAUUAGAGAUUGAAGUGAAAAUGGCAGCGAUAACUUUGGGAAAAUUAUAAUAGCAUAAUAUGGUUUAAAGAAAAAAAACAAAAUUUAGUCAAAUCGUCGACUAAUUAUUAGAAAAAGAAAGCAAGUCAUAAUAAUAAAUUAAAGAUAUAUAUUGGAUUUGUGGGGCAGAAGAUACAUUCGUCAUUUUGAACUAUUUAGAGACAAACUAAGAAAAAAUAUUAAAGGAAUAAUAGAAAUAGCUGAGAGAGAUAUUUGAAGAUGCAAUUAAAUCAUAUUACUUUAUUCCCCCUUAAGUUUAAUAGGUGAAUACUGAUUGUUCAUCGGUAUGCUAAAUAAUUUGAUUUGAUUUAAUCAUUAUAAGAAAAAAACCGAAAUUGAUUCUACUAAAAAUAUCUCCUAAUUUAUUUUGUUUUAUUUUUCCUGCUGUUUUCAAUUAUUUG